GCUGCAAAUGUGGGAGUCUGUGCCAUUAAAGGAAGCAGUUGCUAAUAAGGGCCUGUGAGACCCAGGUUUCCUUGGUUUCCAUGACAGUUAUUAGAACUGAGCUUGGCAAAGCAAGGAUAUGAACAAUUGUGCAGGUGGGCUACUCAGGGCGAGUGAAGAGAUAAGGCAUCCAAUCAGGGACUGGCAACCUGCAGCCCUGCCAGUAUGCCCCUCCACCAGAUAUCCGUAAUCCCUGCACGGGAGACCGCCAGCAAUGGGCGAAGUUCCAUGGGCAGAAACAAAGAGAAGAACAAGGAAGUCGAGAAUGAAAAAUCCCCAGGACGAUCCGCAAGUCGAUCGAGUAAUAUUUCAAAAGCAAGCAGCCCAACCACAGGGACAGCUCCCAGGAGCCAGUCAAGGUUGUCUGUCUGUCCGUCCACUCAGGACAUCUGCAGAUCUGCCAUCUCACAUGACAUGUCAGAAGAUGCAUUUGAGCAAUGCACCCCUGUCAUGGUGCUGAGCACUGCUAGGAGGGAGUCUGGUAAGAAAUCAGUAAAACAGAGGCCCAGGAGGAGGAAAAGGACCUCUGAGAGAUACGAGCAUGCAGAAGAACAAAUAAGAGGGAGAAGAAAUGAUUUCCACCUCCAGAUCUCAAGUCCCAGAUGGAGUGAGCUUUACACAGAUUCUUCAGAUUCGUCUUCCACAGAUGAGAGUCAUUGGAUCCAGGCAAAAAGAAGAGCCCAAGAGAAAUUCCGACUGUCACGAAGGAGGAGAAAUCAUAAUAAAUCAUGGGGAAACUUGGAUGAGGCUUCUGCUCCUAAUGGAAUUGAUCUGGUAUAUUUGGGCUCCAAAGGUCAAAGGCAGCAAGAGCUGAUCGAAUGUGAGAGUGGCCCUUUAAAUCUCCACAGAGCAAAAGGCACAUGGUAUGAAGAACGCAGUGUUUCCUUGCCUAAGGGAUCCUUUGAGAUUAAGAGAUCUUCAAGGAACCAUGAAGAAAGCAAAGGCAGACACCACCACAGGGACCCACAGCUCUUGCAUAGUCUUAGGCCAAAUGAUCCAAUCAACAAAAGAUUUUCAGGAACAGAUUCUACCACUGAAAUACUGGCAGGAACAGAAGUAGGAAAGUAUGCAGAUGACGCAGGUUUCCAGGUGAACGGCUAUCUUCACAAACCUCCUGCCACCUGCCGUGACGGGUCUGAGCAUUUAAAAGUAUGCAGGAUCUGCCACUGCGAAGGAGACGAAGAGAGUCCCCUCAUCACACCCUGCCGCUGCACCGGCACGCUGCGCUUUGUCCACCAGUCCUGCCUCCACCAGUGGAUCAAGAGCUCAGACACGCGCUGCUGUGAGCUCUGCAAGUACGACUUCAUCAUGGAGACCAAGCUCAAACCCCUCCGGAAGUGGGAGAAACUGCAGAUGACCACGAGCGAAAGGAGGAAAAUAUUCUGCUCUGUCACGUUCCACGUCGUCGCCAUCACCUGUGUGGUCUGGUCUCUGUAUGUGCUAAUAGAUCGGACCGCAGAGGAAAUCAAGCAAGGCAAUGAUAAUGGCGUCCUCGAAUGGCCAUUUUGGACAAAACUGGUUGUGGUGGCCAUCGGUUUCACGGGAGGGCUGGUCUUCAUGUACGUUCAGUGCAAAGCCUACAUCCAGCUGUGGCGCAGGCUGAAGGCCUACAACCGAGUGAUCUUUGUGCAGAAUUGCCCGGACACUGCCAAAAAACCGGAGAAGAGCUGCUCGUGCGCCGUCAACAUGGACCUCAAGGAUGCCGUGGUCGUGCCUGUGUUACAGACGGGUCCGAACUCACUGCCUUCGGCAGAAAGCAGCCCCCCCGAAGUCAUCCCCGUGUGAGGGAGCCCGGGGCACGGGGCGAGUCCCUUCUCGGAAGAGUAUCGUUCCAGCUCUUAGCCACUACAAAUGACAGCAAUGAUCCUGAAUUACUCGGUCUCCUUACUUCUCCCUCUUCUACUGACUCAGUGUCCCUAACUUCGCUCAAAAAGGAGGAAAAGACACCAGGUGACCAGGAUCCCGUGAAGCAGAGUCUAACGUGUGGUAUGUGAAUGUGAAAAGUUGGUUGAAGAGGAAUUUCUAAAACAAUAAAAAACCGCCAGAGCAAGGCACACUCUUCGGCAACGUUCGUGGUCAGAUUGCUGGGACACUGGAGCCUUCCCGGCAGCAGGGGAAAGGCUCCGAGUACAGACUGGAAUUGCAAUGGGUAUGUCUUCUAAGGCUUCCUGAUGUUAACUGUCUCAUCUGGAAGUAACAACCGUGGUCGGCUUUAAGCUUGAAAUUGUGCACAUUUCCCCAAGACCCCUCAGAAGCACAGCUGGGGGAUGCAGCAUGUGAUAGUCACACUCUGACAGGUGAUAGAUUUUGAUGGCAACAGUGCAGUCUGGUUGUUUCGAGAGAUGCAUGAUUUUUAAAAAGAUGCAGUACCCAUUUGAGGAUACUAAUACUUGGCAUUAUACUUAAAUCAUGAACAAAAGAUUUUCAGAGAUUUCUAUUUGGCUCCAUUAAUUAAUGGAAGUUGAAAUCAACUAUCAGGUCUCAUAUUUUAUCUGGACCCUGUGAAACAGUGUUGUCUCUCAGAACUAUAUCGUAAGCUACAAACGCAGGGCAAAUAUGUAAAAUUUAAAUUUCUUAAUGGCUCCUUUAGAAAAUUUUAAAAUAAAAAGGUAAAAUUAAUUUUAAGAAUGUAUUUUAUUUAACACUAUAUAUCCAAAUUAUUUCAACAUGUCAUCAAUAUCAAAAAUUAUUGAGACAGUUUACAUCUUUUCUUAUGAACCAGGUCUUCAAAAUCUGAUCUUCAUCGUUUAAUCCUUACAGCAGGUCUCACUGUGAAUUGAGUACAUGGCCUGGUACAGCCCCGCACUAAAGACAGGGCUUGUGAUUCGUUAUACAGUUGAAUAUUUCAAAACAGCCGCUUAAUUCAUUGUUUUACUCAAAGUCUCACAAAUGCUAUCAUUUUACAAAGCACUCAAUCAAAUUCAACAGGCUGGUUGAAGUUAGGUGAAGUUGUUAAAGAGUGAACAAAACAAAAGUAGAGAAAAAUAAAGCAAUCUGCCUGCGGCAAUGUUCUGAAAGUAACGUGUUUGCCACCAAGAAAUGCUUAGCAUAGGGAACAGAAAGGUUACCUGUUUUGCUCUUGUCAAAUGUGUAAGGCUUUUAAAAAACAAAUCCACAUAAGGUGUCCACUUGACAGAUGAGCGGUUUAGCAUUUAAACUCUAUUUGUAAAAGUUGACAGCAUUUCCCUUGCUCAGCUGGGAAGCAGAAACAUUCAACAGAUUCUGUGAUACGUAAUACACUGAGUUGUUUAGGUUUGACAGUUAAGUUGAUUAUGGUGUUCUUUGCAUAUUCAUGUAAAACUGAAGCGUGAAUGAUACUGAAUUGAGCUAGAUUAACGAUUGUAGAUAUAGUGACCCGUCCAAGAGAUGUUCUACAUUUUUAAAAGGUGACUUAUUUUUGUUAGCUGUCAUAUUUAUUAUUGUGAGAAGGCAGCCUUGAUGGCCGUGAGGACCAAAGCCUAGAUGUGGCCAUGCACAGGUCCGGGUACUGCAGCAACGCACUUUGAUUAUCCCUGGGCUUGUUCUUCACAGACACCGUGGGAGAGGGGGAAAGAGAACCUUGCAGGGAGAAAGAUGACAUGGACAUCAGUGCCCACCCUGAGUCCAAAUAGUCCUGAUUCCCAGAAAUGAAGAAAAGGGAAAUAAUGUCCACUCUGUGUGUGCAGCAUGUGUGUACUCAUGUCUGUACAUGAGAAAAAUGUUUUUGGUCAGGGAACAAAAGAUUUAUGACUCAUCUUUCUUAAAACCUCUUGUAGGGAUGUUGAAUAAAUGCACAGGGAUAAGGAAGUUGAGGUAGAUAAACUGGACCAAAAUUUCUGUCCUUAUUUGGACAUAAGGGGUGUAAUUAAAAUUAUGAAACUUAAACAAACUAAACUCUGGGGCCCAUCACCCAAGGGAUUAACCUUGAUUUAGUAUAGGUGUUGAUUUUUCUAAGCUUUUUACGAAUCCAUUUUUCCUGUGGUUCAACAAUGGCAAUAUGCUCUUUACAAAUAUUCCAGGGGGAAAUCUAGUCACCAGCCAACAACAAAAUUAUUUCUCUUGUUUGCUCUGGAAGGAAAAGGAUUAUCACCACCAAAAAUACCAUCUAAAUGCUGUGCAAACCUAAGCAAGAUAGGUGGGUUCAUAGCUCAUUUCACAGUGGGAAGCGGAUUGGCUCAGAUAAGGGCACAUGUAUGAAGGGCUACCCUUAACACUAAGAAAACAUUUCUAAAAUGAAAAGUCAAAAUAAACAGUAUGGUAUGAAAGUUCAAAGAUGACAGGGUGUUUUAAAACCACACCUAAAUUCUCAAAAUUAACUUGUACA